AACACGUGAUCGCUACAUGACAGAAAGCCCAUGCUUUUGUUACAGUCACUGUCAUAAUGAAAAUACGUUUAAUUUGUAUAAAUAUCCAGUGUGUUGUUUGAUGGGCCUGCCGCCUGCACGUGCAGGAAGUCCAGAUUAUCAUAAAUAAUGGCGCAUUCUCCUGUUUAAUCGGAUGAUUUUGUGGUAAACCACAGAUUUAUUGAUUUUAUGAUCUCUAGAUAACGCCUGUUUCGUUUCUGAAUCAACAAAAUGAGUGAUUAGGCUUAAAAAACACCUUUUUUCUCAUAAUUGCACAUUCAGAUCUGCUCAGAUUGUCAACAUGGUCACUAGAAACUAUCAUCUAAAAGUGAUGAUAAUAGUGAUACUCAUAAUAGUGAAUUAUUUUCAGUCACAUUAGCCUGAUUGGUAUAUUAUUAUGUAAGUUAAGCGACCUUAAUCAUGUGUAAUCAUGUUAGACUAACAGAAGUAACAGAGAAAUACGAUUAUGCACAUGGCACCAUGAUAAUACCAUAUUUUUUUGGACAUAUACUAUGGUAAUCAUUCACAACCAUAGUAUUACUAUCAGAUACCAUCAGUGUACCAUGUUUUCACCACGAUGCAUCUUUGUGAGGGCGUGGAUGAGUGAAGUCCUCUCAUUCUGUGAGAUUCAAUAUAAACAUACUUAAUUGCACUUUAUGGUUUAUUGCUUGCCUUCGUUUGGAUGAGAAGAACGUUCAGCUACAUACUGUUUGUUUGAUCGCUUUUCGUGUUCGCUGAAGAAAAUGCGCAACAGAAGCCAUAGGAGUUCUUCUUCGAAUCAGUCCAGUUCUUCUGAACGGCAGCCGGACCAAACCAACGCAGGCGCCGAGGGAUGUUUGUCCAGUACGACGCUGGAGGGUUUGAGAUCGGAGUGUUCGACGGUGUGGUUCGACCGCAUCGCGUACGAAAGUGCGGAGAGUCUUUACUACGUACGACUAUUGCAGCAGCAAAACGGCACGACCGCUCCUGCGAGUUCUUCCGCAAGAAACAAGCAAGAAACCUGCCAGCAUGGAGAGCAAGAGGCUUGUCAUCAUGUCGUUAAUGCUGUGUGGGUGAAUAAACCCAACUUUGACCAAGCCGAGAGCAAGUUUGUGGGCCGCGUUCCCAAGCAACCGAGAUCUCUCCAACUGCAGGCCGCUAGCUGCGACGAGGGCUACCAAUCGCAAACCCCGACUCCGCCCACACCGGCUUCCAGACCAAUCAACGGCCUCCCUUCCUUGCCACCGCCUCCAAUGUGGGUGUGGCUACAGAAACCUCUUUUUGAUAAAGCCGAGGCGACUUUCUAUCAGAACCUGUACGGCCAAAACUCGCCACCGAGAAACCCGGAAACCAGCGGCGACGAGUCCAACUCCAAACGUCGAAAUGACGCGCAAAAAAAGCCUGUGGUUUGCAAUCGGCGGGAAACCGACGACAUCACCACCAAUCAGGGAGCGCGCUGCUAUUUCCUGCAUGCCGACAGCGAGAGGGUGUGGCUAGAUCGCGGUCGCUAUGCGGAGGCGGAGACUCGUUUCUAUGAAGAAGCUGCGGCGAGAUCCGUCAAAACGUCUAUAAACCAUUCUAGCCAGAAGCAGAAGAAGUAUGACUCAAUACUCGAGAAAAUACACUUUCCUCACACACUGUAGAUAAUUAGUUAGUUCGUUCACCGCCAAAUUAAAGUUCUGUCAUUUUAACAGUCCUGUUGCUCCAAACCUGCAUUACUUCUGUUUCUUGAACCUCCUACGAAUCGCAGUCUUUAGUGUUUUAUGGCAAAAAGUGAGUCACACAGGUUUGGAAUGGCAUAAAGGUCAGUAAAUGACAGAAUUGGUGAAUUAUCACUUUAAAACGACAUUUUACUCUCAGGGAACCAUCAGUCUCAUCCAUUGCAUUCACAUGCAAAUUUUAUAUUUCUUUUGUGCACAAUCUUCAUGUCAUCGCACAUUUUUCUCAUGCCAUUCUUUUUUGUUUUUCUUUGGUCUCUUUUUUUGGUUUAUUCUUGCUGUGUUUGUCCGUUGUGUUGGCUUGGAAGAGUCAUUUGUCUGAAUUCAGUUUUGUAUCAUUUGGGUUUCUUCAUUUGUUUGGUUGAUGUCAUUUUUGUUGUUGUUAUUUUUGCAUGGUUGCAUUAACCUAUGUAUAUUAUUUGUAGUAUUAUAUCCAUGCACCAGUUUUG